GCACCAUUGCAUUCAGCUACAUCACUAAUAAACACAUUUCUUAACAUUUUCUCAAAUUUUAUUUUCUCUCUCCUUCUCACACCCCGAACCACAUGGCUUCCAUUUCGAGUAUCUCUUCUCCGAACCUCACUUUCCCGAAGCAAAACCUCCCUGUUACCUUCCCUCUCAAACGACCCUCACUUCUCCACUUCCCUUCCCAACCUUUAUGCCUCUGUCUCAACUCCGUCUCCGACGGCAACCACAACAACACAAACAAUAACGACCGCCGAUGGGAUUCGAUGCUCCACGAAUUCGUCACCGGCGCUAUGAAGCAAUUCGAAUCCUACUUCAACGCGCUCAUGAAAGGCCGCACUGCCGAUGAAGACCGCAGUGAUGUUAACGAUGAAGAUUGGGAUUGGAAUCAGUGGCGUCAGCAUUUCGAUGAGGUUGAUGACCAGGAACGUAUUGUCAUCAUCCUCAAGUCUCAGUUACGGCAUGCUGUAUACGUGGAGGAUUAUGAAGAAGCUUCUAGGCUUCAGGUGGCGAUUGCAGCUGCAUCUAACAAUGACAGUGUUGGAAAAGUGAUAUCUCUUCUCAAAAGAGCCAUAAAAGAAGAGCGGUACCAUGACGCAGCUUUUUUAAGAGAUAAAGCUGGUGCUGGACUUGUGAGUUCUUAUGGAAUUUAUUUAAUGGCAACUUGCAUGAAUGUCUUUGAAUUGUGGUGGAAUUAGAAUGUCAGAUGCAAUGUCAUAGGGCGGCCCCAGUAAUACAUAUUGGUGCUGAAAUUGCUAUUACCCGGGUUGAUAAUUUGUUUUUGACAUCAAGACAACACUUUCCUCACCACUUCACUUAUGAAACCAAUAACUAAAUUGUAAGGUGUUUUUGUAGACUAAAUUUAUUUUUGUAUCUUGCUAAUAAGCCGUGGAACCUAAUGACAGUU